UCGACGCAUCUCGGCUCCUUCGCCUGCAUUCCUCCUUUCUGUCUCCUGCCUAGCCGACAGAGGCGGAAAAAGGAGGGGAGAAAACGCAUUAUUAUUCACAACCGUGUUGGAUUUUUAAGAACCACGGAAACGCCUCACACUGGAUGCUCGAGGCCACAGAAUACUCCCCUGUCCAGGCGAUUUCUGCUUACUUUUAGUACCGAAAAAGGAAUACGAACUUUCAUAUAUAUUUUUAGAACGGGGUUUUUUGCGCCUAUGUUAUGAAUGUGUGUAGUUCGACACCGACAAACAUCUCCGUAAAAACCCCUUUCGGAAUAUUUCGUUUUUUAAAAUGAGGAUUUGCAAGAUGGCUGAUGACAGCUAGCCCUAAACAAGGGCAGAACCGCGACGUCCCCUUUAAGAUUUGGACGGUAUAUUUUUGUAUUUUUUUAUGAGUGAAAUAUAUGGCGGACUCUGAAAAUUAUGCUUAUAGCUAAUGCCAGAAUCGACCGUCCUCGUCUGAAUACGGUCUCCCCGUGGCGUUAGCGUGUACCUGUGCUUCGCGAAAAAAUGGUGAGGUGACGUCUGAGGCAAUUUACGCGAUUUAAUCGAGAUAAGGAAGUAGAUAAAUAUGUUGUUGGUUGAAGGUUGGUGGUGGGAAAGAAAAGUGGACGCCGAAGUCAAAACGCAGCGGGAGGUUUUUGCGAAUUAACGAUCUUUGUUUGAGGAGAUAUUUGAUAGAUGUCUCGGAGGAGGAGGGGGAGAGAAGUCAGCGGCUCCGCAACACAGCAGCCAACAUUCCUGCGGAUCCUAAAACCCCUUUGUUUUGUGCGCAGGAGCCGGACUGGACCAUUAAAACGAUUAACUAUGCAGUAAACAGCCUCGGAGCGGCGGCUCGGGUCUGAUUUUCGGUUUGGCGGGGACUGUAAAGCCUUUGUUUUCGACAGCAAACCCCCGGCAGGAGAGCCGGGGCCUUGUGUGGAGAAAUGCGAGCUGUGCCACAUCGCAGGCGUUUUUCUUCAAACAGAAACGUCGCUUCUGCGUGCGGUUAAAGGUACCCUCGGUUUUCAUAGAUAAGAGCCGCACAUCAGCAUUUCUGCUCAGCUACCGACCCUUCACCGACUGUAUGUAUAAUUAAAUCACGGCUAGAGGCUCCUCUGAUAUUUAUUUAUGAUUCCGCGGACAAAAGCGUUGAGCUGCGGAGUGAUUUCUUUUUUUUUUGUCUUCUGUUUUUGAGGAAAUAAGCCGUCCUUGACGUCCCGAUGUUUCCGUUUAGUUUAUUUUGGGGGAAUUGUGUUGAAUAGUAAUCAGGGUGUGGGUUCCAGCAGGCCUUUCCCGUGUCUUUCAUGCUUCGUUUGUUGGUCUGAAUUGGUUCUCAGUCAAUCAUAAUCCGCCGUUUAAGUGGGAGGCGAGCUCAAAGGUAAGGGUUGAACGCACCAGACGUCCCUUCACGUGCCGGACUGAAAUACAUUCAUCUGGAGGCUGAAUGUGGUCGUGGGGACAGCGGAUUACUCGUGUGCCUUCUUUGGGUUCUAUGGUUUACCUGUAGCAGGCAGGUUUUUGGCCCCUAAACGCAGAAAUCGUGUUUGAGUUGGAUGUAGAGGCAAGGAAAGUACCGUUUCCUGAAUCUGCAUAACGUCACUUUCUGUUUUCAUGUGUUGAGAGCACUAGGUGUUGUCAUCCUUCCCUGAAUCCUCCCUUUAGGGUUUACUGGAAUUUGCCUUCAUGCUGCAUUGAUAAGCAAUAUUAAUCACCUAUCAGGGAGACUCAUCUACGCUGCCCCCAAGGGUUGGCGCAUAAAGACUGAACUUUCAGGACUUGCAUCGCGUUUUGGAACCUUUUUUUUUAAGUCACAAGUCAUUGUGAAACAGUGUCAGAUUUCGCUUCAGAGGUCUGGAACAAGUGGGGAGCUCUUAAUUGUAUGCCUGCCUCCACCAUGAUGGCCUCCGACAUGGCUGAGACGUGGAGGAACUGUUUUGAGGAGGAGCUCAUCUGUCCCAUCUGUCUGCACGUGUUCUCGGAUCCCAUCCAGCUGCCCUGCAAGCACAACUUCUGCAGGGGCUGCAUCAGCGAGGCCUGGGCCAAAGACUCCACGCUGGCCCGCUGCCCCGAGUGCAAUCAUGCUUACACACAGAAGCCCAGCCUGGAGAAAAACCACAAACUGUCCAACAUUGUUGAAAAGUACAACGCCCUGAGCGUGGAAAAGGCCACCACACCAGCCCUGCAGUGCAUCCUUUGCCGCCGGGGUCCCCCGCUGCCUGCGGUGAAGGUGUGCCUACGCUGCAACGCCCCAUGCUGCCAAUCCCAUGUCCAGACACACCUGCAGCAGCCGUGCUCUGCUCUAGGGCACCUGUUGGUAGAGGCGGAGGCGGUGAAGGCCUGGACCUGCCCGCAGCACGACGAGUACAGACUCUACCACUGCGAGGCCGAGCAGACGGCGGUUUGUCAGUACUGCUGCUUCGCCCGUUGCCACCCCAGCCACGGCCACGCGGUCAGCGACGUGGAGCUGCGACGCAACGACAUCAGACAAAACCUGCUGAGGCAGCAGGAGCGUGUGGAGGAGCGCGUUCAGGAGAUGGAGGAGCAGCUCUGCAAACUGGACUCGGACAAGUGUGUGGUGGAGGACCGGGUGUGUGAGCUGAAAGAGGAGGUGCGCAUGCAGUACCAGCGGAUGAACCAGCUCCUGGAGGAGGAUCUGGGCCGCACCUUGGAGGCCCUCGAUCGGGCUCGUGCUCGCUUUUGUCAGGAGAACGCGGCCCAGGUUUUGGCCCUGGGAGAACAGCGGCAUGAAGCCCAGAAGCUUCUGAGCUCCAUCCACACUGCUUUCAGCAAGGCAGAGGAGCUGAGCUUCAUGAAGAACACCAAGCCGGUCAAAAUCCUCACAGACAGGUGUCAGGCAUGUGUGGGCAGCGCUCUCCCUCCUUACAAGGUGGGGAAUUUAAAUUCAAAACUAUUCCUAUCAGAGAUCUCCAAAAGAGAGAAGAGCUUGAAAAGAACGCUUGAAGCUCCUCUCACUCCACCUUCCUCGUUCCUGCAGUCUGUUCCCGCGUUCCCCAGCGGUCAGAGUUCGAGCUCCGGAGCGGAGAAACGGAAACAUUCCACUGCCUUCCCUGAGGGAACCGGGACUGCUGGGAAAACUGUGGCUUCUGGUUUUAAGGACUUGUCAUCCUCUUCUUCAUCUUCUUCCUCAUCAUUAGCCAAACAGCCCUACCUUGGCUCCGGUUCCUCCUCUGGCGAAGGCCAGUCCAGCAACCCGCAGCCCCUCGCGCCCUGCGCCCCGCCUCACAUCAGCGAGAGCAGUGGCACGGGCAGCGGGAGCGGUUCGUUGACCAACCACCAUUCAGGCUCCGUCUUCAGCUCCUCGCAUUUUCCUCCUGGAGGCAGCAGCUCCUCGCACUCCUCCCAGCAGGCGGUCCUCCCGCAGUACGGCGGCCGCAAGAUCUUGGUGUGUACCAUGGAUAACUGCUUCUGCUCCGGAGUUCCCUCUGUUUCAGGCCACCGUAGCCACCCCCCUUACCCACGCUCCGGUUCCUUUGCCUGGGUCAACCCCCAGGAUUACCCCCCUCCCCCUGGCCUGGCCUCCGGAGGUCCUUCUAUGCAGGGCCUGGCAGUGAGGGACUGGAUAGACGCCUCACAGACGCACAGACAUGCAGAUUUCUAUGGGCUGUACGGCCAGCCUUCUACAAAGCACUACGUCACCAGUUAACAGUUAAACUCUUACCAAGUGUAUAGUUUAUCAUAUUCGGGGCAGGGUUGGUCUCUUAGUCUUUGUUUUCUUUGUUUUCCGUGUUUCAUGUAGUGAACUAUAGGUGAAACCGAGCUGCCGGCUCCUCGCUCUGGCGUUUCGGCACAGCUUUUUACGCUUCAACAGGAAAUAAUAAAAAGAAGCGGAUGAUGAGACGCAUCUUUUUAUUUGGUUUGGUUUUUUUUUCUAGAGUAGCUGAUGAAUUGAUAGAAAAUGAACUCUUAUUAAACAAAGCUCCAUGUCUUCUCACUGAGGCUAAAGGAAAAAAAUGCAUUGCAGCAAAUUACUGUGCUACGUUGAACUUUCCAGUUGCAGGUUUCUAACCUCCCUUCAAUUAACACGCAGGCCUUUGACUUGUGUUAGAGCUUGUUUUUUUUUUCUCCGUCCUCAUUUCUGACCGUUUGUUAAAGAUGGACAGCGUUCCUGUUUUUGUCUCUUCUUUUUGUCAUCUUGGCACUUCUUCCAUUGCUGAGUUCAGGGAUGGAUCCUACUUGCUUAAACACAUGACGCUCUUCCAUGGAAAGUCCGCUUGUGGAUUCCUUCCGAUCCCGGCCCACACCAGAGCUGCAGAGCUGGAAGGGUCAGUCAAGUCCAACCCUCUGGGUUUUUUCCGAAUUUGUCCCUCAUUCCUGGCACUCCCCUUCCUGUUGCCACAAAAGGACAGAAACCCUUAAGACUGUUUCCGGCUAAGCGAUCACAAUGGCUUUGUGUUAUUUGGUACAACUGUAGGCGUCGCGCUCCUCUCCAGUGACAGUCUGGACAAGCAAACCAAUCAAGCAUCUGGAGGAUUUGGAGGAUGCUGUAAUUGUACUUCCUGCAGGGCAAAGAUGUCACUUCCUGUCAUUAAGCACACAAGCUCUUGGCUUCCUGAUUGCUGCUGAAAGCAUGCAAGGAAGAGUUUUUAUUAAAAGCACUCAAAAGAAAUGGGAAUCACUGUUUGAGAUGAUCGAAAUGAACAGGCGGGAGGAACUUUUUUCAUGAACUUUUUCUAAAGGAACAAGACUGAAGCGAGGGGUGGAAGCAACACUUUGUCAUCUUGUGACGACAUGUUAAAACAGCAAACGGAAAGAAAAAAAAUUGUCUUUUUUUGUAAAUAUUUUGUGAACUGGGGGAAAAAAAGUCCACAUGUGAUUUGGAGGGUUCCAAAUAAACAAAUUUAAUCUGGUCUAAGUUGUUAAGUGUUUGUGUAAAGCCCUUCAUCACAUGAAUAAGGUAAAUGUGCAUUUUCUUUAUUUUUGUUACUGUAAAUAAAGACCCAAAUCAGUAG